AUGGGUGCAGCGGCUGAGUUUCCAUUGGCUCGGGGCCGAUCACUCGUUAAUCUGAUCUUUGGGAUCUGUGCUGGGGUUCCCUGUACCGAUACGUCGCGUGGCAACAGCGAAAAAGAACCCGGGUACCUUGGAGGUUUUGUUCGUGCCAAGGCGGGCCAGAUAGCAGCCUUGGAGCGCUUUUGCUCACAGACGCAAAUAGGAUGGACCAGGGCAGCCGUUGAGCUAGACAAGCCACAGUGUACAGGCAAGGCCAUGAAUGAAAAAGAUCGAGAGAAUGGACCCAGACUGCGCCGCAACUUGCAAGCCUCAGCACGGAGAAAUUCCUGUGCGUGGAAAAAGGGCGUGCGAUGGGAUUGGAAACGAGGCUGGCCCGACUCUGGCACUCUGCUUGCGGCAGCAGCACCAGCAACAACAACAACAAGGGUCACCGUCGUAAAUGGCAGCCAUAGACAGGUGGACGUGCCUCAGGUAGAGUACCAUGGUACCGGAGCCAUUCCUGAGGCCUGUUCACUCCCUUGCCCACCACUCAGUGUAGGGGCAGGCCAGAACAGGGCCAGAACAGGGCCAGACAGUGUGCUGCAUGCAAUCAAUUGGCCGCAAGCAGGAUCGCCAUUGGAGGAGCCGCCAGUGGCGAAACAAUCGAGAUGGGGAACAGCACACACGAUCGAGAGCAAGGCGACCAGGCAACCAAACAAAGAUCGCCAGCAACGGAUCUCGGCCGUGCAAUACUUGGACAAGUAUGAUAAGGUUGCAGGUAUUGCACCUAAGCCUUGUACAUGCAUGGGGGAGAGUCUGCUGGAGAGUGACGAUGUGAGUGGAGUCGCGCUUUGGGACAACGCUCUGGCGUUUGGCGAGCCCGUCAGCCGUCGUUUCCUUGUUUGGAGUAAACAGUCCGAGCCUUCCGGAACGGGCAGCGGCCUCUGGUGCGCCCUCGGCCUAAACCCCAUUCAUUCCAAAUGCACCCGUCGCCGCUCAAUUCACUGCCUGGGCCCCCCAGCACCACCGCGCCCUCGCUUGCUUUCCACCCAACACAUCAUCAACGGCAUCGUGUUCAUCAUCAGUAUGGUGUGA